AUGGUUGACCUGCCUCGCACGUUGUCCAUGCCCUUGCGCUUGGCAGUGGCGAUACUCUGCGGUGUCUCCGCCAGCUUUGCCACGCCGGCCCUCAAACACCGCGGCGAACCAUCGGAAAUGCAGCUCACGUUCCAGACGACGACUUCCGAUUUGACCGUUACUGUUCCUCUGGACAAUAACACAUAUCCCAUUACCGAACUGCAAUGCGACAGGCAGGACUGCAAGAACAUCGAAGUGACGGCGAUCAUCGACGUUUCACUGCCCGCGAUGCAUUUCAUCUGUACCGUUUAUACAGACCCGAAAAACUACCUGGGAGAAAUCGUCGGGGCGGGUUGGCAGAUCACGCCUCCAGCAACAAUCACGGACGUAGUUUGCGCCAAUAAUCCCUGGCCUGAUAAAUUAGUUUAG